GGCUUUAGCCCAGCGCCAAUUUUCUUCAGAGGGUCGCAAGUUUGUCUGUUGAUUGUCAACCUCAUCAUCAUAACAGUUUACAGUGAGUGGCAGAGCCAAGCAAGGCGAAAACACAAUCUCAUGCAGAGCAGAGGCAGCUGCUGUGUCAGCAGUCAACAGCCAUUAUCUUUGGUGUGGCUUCCAGACAAGAAAUGGCGGAUAGCGGAUAUCUAAUGGACGGUGAUCUGGAAGAUGGAGAGAUCUCCGGGUCCAGCUCGGAUACUGAGAUGGGAACCGCCGCGGCUGCACAAGCUCGACCCCAGGUUCCUCCAGCUUUUAGCGGCCAGUCCUUCCACAACAGAGCCGCUGCCCAGCCAUCUACCGCCGCCUACCGCAGCACCGGUAGGACGGCGGAGUCCAGCGACAGUGACCCGGACUCGUCAGACGAGGAGGCGGCUGAUUGGCGCCGAAAGCGCCAAAAAGUGUCCAACGCUCCCCAGCCGCCCGCCUGCACCACCCGGGCAGGGCCGACCCGCAUGCCCGCACCCGGCGCGCUGGGAGGCCGCAAGGUGAACAACAUUUGGGGCUCCGUGGUCCAGGAGCAGUGCCAGGAUGCGAUUGCUGCAGAGCUGGGCAUAUUUGGCAUGGAAGGUGAAGUUAGCAUGUCCAGCAGAAAUGUGGAGACUUAUAACUUUGUCCUGGCCCGUAAGAUAAUGGAGAAGGAGAGGGAGAUGGAGAAGCAGUCGAAGGAUGAAGGAGAAGUGAGCAUGCUGGACGUCCAGCUGGAGGAGUACAUGAAGGGCAGGGACUCAGAGGAGAAGGCAGGGGGUGAUGCAAAGAGGAAGAGGCCAGCUAAAGAGAGACUGGGCCCCAGGGCUGAGAUGGACAUCAAGGGCCGGUAUGAGAUCACAGAGGACGACCCAGAGGAUAAGGUGGUGGACGAGAUAGCACACAGGUUGCAAGAGCCUAAAAAAGACCUGAUAGAGCGCGUUGUUAAAGCCAUUGGGAAGAAAAAAGCCAUAGAACUGCUCGGAGAGACUGCCACACUGGAGGAAACCGGCGGUGUGUACACCAUGGACGGCAGCAGGCGACGGACGCCUGGUGGGGUGUAUCUCAACCUCCUGAAGAACACACCCAGCAUCACCAAGGCCCAGAUCAGGCAGAUAUUCUUCGAGGAACAGCAGAAAGAGUACAAGAGCAAGAAGGCUGCCCAGAAGAGGAGGCGGCACAUGGUGGCCAAGAAGAUGAAGCAGGCCAUCGGCACACUGAACCUGCAGGAGCACGACGACGUCUCCAGGGAGACUUUUGCCAGUGAUACCAAUGAGGCCUUGGAGUCAUUGGAGGAGGCUCCGGAAGAGGAGGGUCAGGAGGAAGCUGCUGUGGGCAUUGAGGAGACAGCGGUGGUCUACAACUCUGCUGACCUGGAGGUCUUCUAAGGGCUUCCUGCUGUCAGAACUCUGGGAGGUUUGAACAAGGACAUUUUAGAUUCAAAUUAAAAGGAAACACUUAAAGCACUGUAUAAGUAGGCUACUCAGUGCAGAAUCACACCUGAGUGUCCUUUUUUGUUUGUUUACCUUAGCAAUAAAAGGAGAGCUUAUGUUAACAAAAAUGUUGGUUUUGUUUGGUACAGCAUGGAUUUGUAGAUUUCAGCAAGUGUAAACACAGUAAGACCUACCGCAAGUUAGUUUGAUUUCUGAUACAAAUGUUCAAAUUCUAAAUCAUAAAAAUGUAAAUUACCUAAAUCUUUGCAGCAUAUUGAAGCACUCUUGUUGAUUUUCAACUGUAGUAACCUUCUUUGUUAUAAUUUUCAUUAUGAGAUAACGAGGUCUUGAUUUAUUAAAUGCAUUUGUAUGACGGUAUCUAAAUAUAUAGUAUAUAAAUAAAGGUGACUCAGGUAAAAUUACAUAAUUGGUUUGCACACUUAGCUUUUUCAAUACUAGUAACAGACUAAAUACAAAUUUUUUUUGUACUGAUACAGAUUCAGUCCCUGAUAUCCAAGUACAGUAUGUUCAGCAGGUCAGGAUGGUUGGGCUCAGCAUCGUAGAGAAUCAGGCUUUUAUGUAAAUAAAAGAGCCAGAAAAGCACAGAUACAGUAGUUUGGACAGCUAUU